AUGGAGUCGCUGCACCGACUGAGUCCUCCGUCUACGCGGUGCUCUGUUGCGGACGGUCACUGCUGCGAAGACGCAGCUGCUAACGGGAUCAGUGAGUUGGUCCUCUCGCGACCAAUUCUUCCUGAACAAUCGCAGCGGCUGCAGUGUGCUCAAGUUAGCGUCGACGUCCCGAGUUACAGCGGCCGGGGACGUCUCACCGAAGUUCCAGAACACAAAGACUCUAGAACUGACACGUCACCAGUACUGGUAGCUUCUUCAUCAUCGGAUGCGACAGCGGCGGCCAAGUACGGCGAAGCGCUGGGACCUCCACUGUCGGAUGGUGCGGUGCGACCUGCCCAGUGUGCACAGAGAACAGCACAGCUGGCCCGGAACUUGACUGCGGCUGAUCCAACGGAUACCACGUUUAAUCCCAAAUUCAUGCUCAUUGCUCUAGAGAUAGGAAAGCGUGCAAUGGAAAGGCACGCGGAAGUUCCCGUCGGAUGCCUGCUGGUUCAGCGAUAUUCCGGCGAGAUUAUCGGUUACGGAGCGAACCGCUGCAACGAGCUCCGAAAUGCAACCAAACACGCCGAAUUGGUAGGUUUGGUUGAUGUGCUGCACCGUUACCCUCAUAUGGAACGUCGAGAAGCGUUGCUAGCGAAAUCCGAUGUCUACGUGACCUGCGAGCCGUGUAUUAUGUGCACGGCUGCUCUGAUUGCGCACGGCGUUGGUGGCUACGUCUACUUUGGUUGUAGAAACGAACGAUUUGGCGGCUGUGGUACUGUGCUCCGAGUUCACGACGGGAGCUGCGGAUUGCCGUCUAACCGCAAACCGCUGCGUGUUAGCGGGGGUCAUUUUGCUCAAGAAUCCAUCGCCCUCCUGCACCGCUUCUACGAAAUGGAGAACAUGUUCGCCCCCGAAGAAAAACGAAAGGUGAAACGCACCCAGUGCAAGGAGCAGGCCAGCUUGACACCGUAA